AUGGCAAAUCCACAGAACACGAGACGGCCGUUCGGUGCCGGCCCCAUUCCGCCAGACAAGCUGCCGCCACUGAAACUCGAACCUUUCGAAAUGCCUCUGUUCGCAGCCACGUUUGUUCCCGGGGGCUACGAUGACUACUACCUACCCGAGGUCAUCGCGCCGUCCCCACAGAGGGUAAUGCCUGAAGUCCCCCAAAAUAUGCAGGACGGCCUGCAGCGGAUGGAACUUGAAGCCCGACCAGCACCCGGAGCUUUGAACCCAAGCACGUCACGCCAAGCGUCCGAUAGCAACCCCGGCUAUUCUGCUUCUUCCGCCGCUGCUGGUGCUGCGUCGGCCAGUGAAUUCAAGCCCUUCUCCCAGGACCAGCACGGAGAGAUGCCGACCUUUGACACCCCCACCUUCUCGCCUUUUCCGCGCGUGCAGGGCGACAACGUGCCGCCGAGCGACGAGGAAAAGGAGGAGAUUCUGUACAACGCGCGCCAGCAUGUGCUCAACUCCAACAACGUGUCCAUGCAGCUGGUCUGGGCUCGCGACUCGCUGUCCUGGGUUGAGAUCGCGGCCGAGGCCCAUGUGCGCGAGAACAAGGGUCAGGCUGUGCGGCCUGGCACGCCCAGGACCGAGCACGAGCUGCGUAUCGACGCCAUCAGCAUCGUCGACUACCUGUCGUCCCAGGGCCACCCCGAGGCCCUCUUCAUGCGGUCCAAGUGGCUCGAGUUUGGCCGCUUCGGCUUCCGCCCCGACAAGAAGGAGGCCUACCUGGGCUACAAAAAGGCGGCCGAGCAGGGUUGGGGUCGUGCUGAAUACCGCAUGGGCAUGCUGUUCGAGGGCUCCAACGACAUGGACAAGGCGUUGAUGCACUACAACCAGGGCCUGGCCCUGAAGGACUCGGCAGCCUCCUAUCGGAUGGGCAUGAUGAGCCUGCUGGGCCAGCAUGGCUACCACAAGGACUACAUGCUCGGCCUGGAGCUGAUCCAGAGCGCUGCCGACACAGCCGACGAGGACGCUCCACAGGGAGCGUAUGUCUAUGGCAUGCUGAUAUCCCGCGAGCUCCCAGACAUUACCAUUCCCGAAGGCAUGCUGCCGCUCGAUCUCAACCUGGCGCGCCAGUACAUUGAGAAGGCAGCGUACCUGGGCUUUGCUAAGGCCCAGCUGAACAUGGGCCAGGCCUACGAGCUCUGCCAGCUGGGCUGUGACUUCAAUCCGGCCCUGUCUCUGCACUACUACGGCCUGGCAGCACGACAGGGCCAGCCCGAGGCUGCGCUCGGCGUCAGCCGCUGGUUUCUCUUUGGCUACGAGGGCGUCUUUCUCAAGAACGAGCAGCUGGCGUUCCGCUACGCGCAGCAGGCUGCCGACGCCAAGCUGGGGACGGGCGAGUUCGCAAUGGGAUACUACUACGAGAUCGGCAUACACGUGCCGAAAGACCUGUACGCCGCCCGCGAGUGGUACGAGAAGGCGGCUGAGCACGGCAACAAGGAUGCCAUGAACCGGCUGAGCGGCCUCGACCAGGCCAAGACGCUGACGAAGACGGAUCACGAGACCACAGCGCUCACGCGGAUCAAGUCCAAGCACGGCUCACAACGAGGCCAGCGGCCCGAGAGGUUCACCGCCCGGCACCAGAACUUGACUUCCGGUCUAGGCACACUGUCGGAGAACUUGGCGGGCGAGGAAGGCGCUUCUCCCGGCCGGAUCACCAUUGGCAACACCCCGGCCUUUGCUCUCAACAUCCAGCAGAACAACAUGGUUGUGCGGCCCAAGUCUGCGGCACCCUAUCCGGUCGACGAGAAGCCAGCGCCGCUCCACGUCCAGCGGUCCAAGUCCACGGCGCCGUAUCCCGACGACGAGCCGGCAGCACGGGCACGGCCACCGCAAGGUGCCAACCAGCCGCCGCAGGCCUUUGGCAUCCGUCCGGGGAGCGGAGGUGGAGGCGGGGGCAACACGUGGCCGGUGCAGACACCGCAGUUGGCGGGCAACCUCGCACCGGAGCAGCGGGCUUUCUCGAUGACUGCGGGUGCGAGACCCGGCAGUGGUGACCCGCAGCGCAUCCGCAACACGUCGGCUGGCUGGGACGCACAGCAGCAACCGGGUGGCUACGGGAAGCAGAGUCCCGGAGCGGGUCCAGGCGCUGCUGCUGGUCGUGGAGACUAUCGUCCCACAUAUGACUCUGGCUAUGGCCAGCAGCAGCUGACACCGCAGCAGCAGCAGCAGCAGCAGCAGCAGCAACAGCAACAGCAACAGCAACAGCAACAGCAGCAGUACCAGCAGCAGCCACCGCAAGCCCCCAAUCGACCGGCACCAAUGCCCGACACUGGCCGAAACCGGCUUUCCAAGGCGAAUCCCGGGGCAAACGGGAACAACCAGCGCGUGCCGCAGCAGCCACAGGGCCAAGGCUAUGGACCCGGUGCUGGUGCUGGUGCUGGUGUUGGUCCUGCUCCAGGCCCUGGCCAGGCCGGUCGUGGAGAGUAUGGCCCGCGCGUAUCCAGCCGGCCGGCUACUGCUGCAGGACCACAGGCCCAGGCGCCCAGCAGCGCUCCAGCGUCUCGGCCACAGACGGCAAAGCCGGCAAAGACGGCUGCCUCCCAAGGACCAGCGACGUUUGAGGAGAUGGGCAUUCCACAGGCCAAGAGAGACGACGACUGCGUUGUCAUGUGA